AUAAUAAAAAAACUUAGAGCGUAAAGCUUAAUUUUUAUUUCCAAUAAAACUUUUCGCGUUACGUAUAAUUGUGGGUAUUUUAGUGAGUUACAAGUAAAGAGAGAGAAAUAAAGGAAAAUUAUAUCGAAAAUAAAAAUAACAAGUUUUACAUUUACUUGAUCAAUCGACUCACGAUCAGUCAUCUCAAAAUUAAUUUCUUUUUCCUUCGCUUAAUUGUACUGGUCUGAAUUUAGUAAUUGGUAAUGACGAGACAAGUGCAAUUAUUAUACCUAAUCAGCGGAUUCCGCUUUGGUUUCGUUUCGCAUUGCAAACGUCAUUAGUCAUGCGUCAGUCAAACCCACUUAUUACAAGAAGAAUUCGCCAAUGUGACCUAUAAAUUAUAAAUGUAUCAAUUUUAAUCGAUAUAUCAAAUUUUUAUCAAAUAGACUCGCGCGCCAUUCAGAGAAUUUAUUAUUUUUUAAGCUCUUCUACAUACCUAAUGAAAUAAUAUAAUUUUAACGUCAAAAAAUAUUAAUGAAUGUAAAAAAUUAUUCCGUCCGUCUACAGUUUACGUGCAAUAUUGUCGAACACGCAUGCAUAUGCGAUUCUUAUAAAAGAAUGCUGGGAGUCGUCGAAUUGUCUCAUUGUUAGUUAAGAAUUCGAUACUAACGAUACAAAGACGCGAGAAAGUGCUUAUUGAUUGUUCGUUAUUCUUGUUAUCUCAAUUAAGAUAUCUUUGUAGAACAUUGAAAGAAUUUUGGGAUAAUAUCUCUUGGGAUAAUAUUGAAAAAGUCAGACAGAGAGAGAGAGAGAGAGAGAGAGAGAGAGAGAGAGUGAGAGAGAUGAGUGCGCGUUUCGUCAAAAUGGAGAUAUUUCUUCUUUCAUUGUCAGUGUCAGUUGUUAUGUGUAUGAUAUCACUUGCAAACGCUGUCGAAAUUUCGACCGAGCCGAAAUUGGAAAAAUCCACCUUCACGUCCACGAGUUUACUGAAGAAUGAAGCGCAAUUCCAAACGGAAAAAACCACAUCCGAUAUUGAGAGAUCCAAAAGGAUAAAUCGUGGAUUUGAAAGAGUAAUCGAAUUCGUCAAUGUUUUGGGACAAAUGGACAAUUUCGUUUACGACAGGACAAGGAACUUUAUUCGCAAACUCAAUGCGAUUUACGAUAUGGAUGAAAAUGAAAGAUAUCGCGGAUUUCAUUCAUAAUUUUUAUACACAAUUAAAAUGAAAAUAUUAACUACAUUUUGAUCAAUUGUAUCAAUUUUUAUAUGUAUACUAAUAUUGACAAUAAAACAUUUACGUAUAA